AUGCACCUGUGCGCUAUCUCCCUGGACCGCUACGUGGCCAUCCGCAACCCCAUCGAGCACAGCCGCUUCAACUCCAGGACCAAGGCCAUGCUGAAGAUCGCCGCCGUCUGGACCAUCUCUAUAGGAGUGUCCAUGCCCAUCCCGGUGAUCGGACUGCACAACGAGGACAAGGUGUUCGUGAACGGCAGCUGCGUCCUGAACGAGGAGCGCUUCAUGCUGAUUGGUUCCUUCGUCGCCUUCUUCAUCCCUCUGGUCAUCAUGGUGGUCACAUACUGCCUCACCAUACAGGUACUACUGCCUCACCAUACUGCCUCACCAUACAGGUACUACUGCCUAACCAUACUGCCUCACCAUACAGGUACUGCCUCACCGUACUGCCUCACCAUACAGGUACUGCCUCACCGUACAGGUACUGCCUCACCAUACAGGUACUGCCUCACCAUACAGGUACUACUGCCUCACCAUACAGGUACUACUGCCUCACCGUACAGGUACUGCCUCACCGUACAGGUACUGCCUCACCGUACAGGUACUGCCUCACCAUACAGGUACUACUGCCUCACCGUACAGGUACUGCCUCACCAUACAGGUACUGCCUCACCGUACAGGUACUGCCUCACCAUACAGGUACUGCCUCACCGUACAGGUACUACUGCCUCACCAUACAGGUACUGCCUCACCGUACAGGUACUGCCUCACCAUACUGCCUCACCGUACAGGUACUGCCUCACCGUACAGGUACUACUGCCUCACCAUACAGGUACUGCCUCACCGUACAGGUACUACUGCCUCACCAUACAGGUACUGCCUCACCGUACAGGUACUUCUGCCUCACCGUACAGGUACUGCCUCACCAUACAGGUACUACUGCCUCACCGUACAGGUACUGCCUCACCAUACAGGUACUGCCUCACCAUACAGGUACUGCCUCACCGUACAGAUACUGCCUCACCGUACAGGUACUGCCUCACCAUACAGGUACUGCCUCACCGUACAGGUACUGCCUCACCGUACAGGUACUGCCUCACCAUAAAGGUACUGCCUCACCAUACAGGUACUGCCUCACCGUACAGGUACUGCCUCACCGUACAGGUACUGCCUCACCAUACAGGUACUGCCUCACCGUACAGGUACUACUACCUCACCGUACAGGUACUGCCUCACCGUACAGGUACCGCCUCACCAUACAGGUACUGCCUCACCGUACAGGUCCUCCAGAGACAGGCCACAGUCUUCCUGUGCGAAGCCAGGAGCUCGUCCCAGCAGCCUCUGCACCAGCCAACCCUGACCUCCAGUCUGCAGCCGCCUCCCAGCUUCUCCAUCCCCCAGAUCCACACUCUGGCCCCUCCAGAAGAGCUGAAGCCUCUACCUCAGAGCCGCCGCAACACCCUGGGCUGCCUGCGGGGGGCGGACGCGAGCAGCAUCCUGAGGAGCAUCUCUGUGGGGGACAGCAUCAGUGUCCUGCCCUGUUCUGAGGCGGGGUCCCGGCUCUCGUCCCCCGCCGUGUCCUCCACCACCGUGGGACAGCCCCGAGGCAGCAGCAGCGAGGGCAGCGGGCGCAGAGGCAUGAUGCAGGCCAUCAAGAACGAGAGGAGAGCCUCCAAGGUGCUGGGGAUCGUCUUCUUCCUCUUCCUCAUCAUGUGGUGCCCCUUCUUCAUCACUAACGUCACGUCGGUGUUGUGUCGAGACGCGUGCAAUGAGUCUCUGCUGCACGAGAUGCUGAACGUGUUCGUGUGGGUGGGCUACAUCUCGUCUGGAGUGAACCCUCUGGUCUACACGCUGUUCAACCGCACGUACCGCCGCGCUUUCUCCAACUACAUCCGCUGCAGGUUCGUGUCUGAAUGA